AUGCCCAAUGGUUUACUAGCCCCAUCCUUACUGAACGAAGGCAGAAAAUAUUCAAGUGCUACUUCAAAAUCCGCGAUCAUCCAAUCAGCAAGCAAUCAAAAAGCAAGCGGCAUGAACGAUCGAUCAUUAGAAAAAUACAAUUUGCCCCAAAGCCCGACAUUUUUUCCUUCUUCUGCUUUCGUUCUCGAUGUACAGAUGUCCAGUUCAUCAUCAGUAACUACAGGCUUAGCGCCUUCAGUUGCCACUAGUAAUAGCAAACAAAGACAGAACUCAGCAUUUAGCGAUGAUUUUUCACGUUAUGAAUUUGUGGAUUACACUUCAGUUUCUAAUUUUGAGCGAUUCAUAACACAUAUCGAAGAGACGUUGUAUUCCUGGGGAAUCAAAGAGGGCUCUUUUGGUGUAUUUUCUAAGGAACAACUAGCAUCUGCUGCGAAAGCCACUGCACAUGCUUCUGCUAUUAAUGCAGCAGCUGACUUUUUAACAAGACAAGAGACGAUCGCAUUAGGCGAAGAGUUGUUUCAAUUUACAUAUCAUUAUCAUCCGGGUCAACACCAUAUAGACGAUGAUGUUGAUAUUCAAGGCACUAAAGACGGAACGGAAAACAACAAGUUCGCUAGCGGUUAUCAUUUUUAUCAGUUCAAUAGCAGCUCUUCUCAAGGAUACCAUCCAUUACAUCGCUGGACUGGUCAGCAACAUUUGAUGAUAAUAAGACCUAUUCAGGAAGGCUCUUUAAGGAAAAAGAUAUUCAAAUCAAGUGGCCGAUCUUCAAUUGAUUUAUCCUCAGCUAAGCUAUUGGUAUCAGCAUGUGCUAUUGCGUUUCAAAACACAGGAUGCCGAGUACCUAUAUUUGCUCCCGUAGGUCAGGAACGUCAUGAUAUGUACAUAGGAUACAAACUGACAAAUCAAGGGCAACAGAGAUCAGAUACCACUAAGAUUGAAUUUGAUACUGAAAUAAAAUACAAUAUGACUUUAAUGACACCACCAUUAACGCAUAUGUCAUCCUUGGAUGGGUUAACGGCCUUAUUCUUACAAAAAUUGUGUGUACAUCGAGAAAAUAAUGGGAAUAUCGAUGAAAUAGAUGUGGCUAAGGACAUAGAUAUUUCGGCAGUUUACACAUACAAGCUAACUAAUUGGUUUGACGAAAAUUGGAAAGAUUGGGAAAACAUUAUUGAGAAAGCCUCAAAACGAAGAAUGAGUUUUAACGACGAUUUUGAUUCUUGGGGAGACUCCUGGGGAGACGAAGAAGACAAUGAAAAAGAAGCAGAAGAAGGGGAAGAGGAAGCAAAUAGCCAAAUAGAGGCAAGCGCAUUGUUUCCUCUCUCAUUCGGGUCCUAUAACGACCCUUUACGUUCAUUAACACUUAGUGCUUUAUUCCCGUUGACCGAACAUGCCAAAUUCCACCAGCUUUAUACCCAACCAUUGAAUGCUUCUGUAGCGAAAGAAUGGCUGAUUUCAAGGGAAUUUGCACCGAUAAAUCAGCAAAGAGCCUAUCUUUCGACGCUACUUGAACAAAUAAUCAACUCUUGGAUCAAUGAUCCUACUAAUCGAGAUUAUUUGGCGCCAUACGACGAAAAUAACGAUGAAUCCACAAGCGAUAGUGCAAAAUUAUUACAUAAUCUGUUUGUUCCUGGGCAUUAUCGAAAUACAAGUGGCGUCAGUAGCCAUGCUAUGGAUAUCAAUAGUGACGAAGACAAUGAUAUUGAUGACCCUACUUCGACAAUCUCUUCAUCCAUUGCAGCAAGAUCAGCGGAAGUUGAGAGUGUGUUGACUGCCCUUUUUGAUUCUAAUGAGAAACACAUCGAAAGGGAGCAUAUUAAUAACAGGGAUGGUAAAAGGACACCACUGCAGAAGAAAUUCGACGAUACAAACUUAUUAGGAUUAAAAUUAAAAAAUGCUUCUUCCGUACCUUACCAAUCUUUUUUAUGGAAUCUGAUAUUGUACAGUUUGCAAGCAUCAGCUUUCAAUAACCCAAGUGCAUCGCCAUCAAAUAACAGCAAUACCCCAAGCAGCCACCAUAACCUUCAUUUGAAGAAACAGAUAUCAGCAAAUAACAAUAGUGUCACACAAUUUAUGGCGUUUUUCAGGAUCGUUUGGCUAGAAGUAUUACGACAGAUCAGAUGGCAUUGGGAAAAUUUGAUUCCAAUCCCUCAACUUGAUCCAUACUUAUAUGAUAACAAUAGCGCAUGUAGUCAAGGAAAGGAGGAGUCUGAAAAAGAAGCACAGCAGCAUACACAAAAGGAGAGAAUUAUAGGCAUCGACCUGCGGUACAAUAUUCUUCAUCAAAAGUUAUCCAUGGUAAACUGUUGUAUACAUCGCAGUAUUCAACAAGCAAAAGAGAACGGGCAAAAACUGGAAGCAAAACAACGGUCAGACAGACCAUCUUUUAAACGUGUUGGCAACCUAUUUGAUGAUGUUAAUGUAGACAGGGAAACAAAAUUAUCAAAAUUACAAAGCUUUAUCGAGAAAUUUGUAGAGGGUAGUGAAGAUGCAACCAACAGCAAACUUAUCGAAAAAGAGUCUGCAGAAUCCAACACCCCAGAAAUUGAGGAUGACAGGUCGAAAACCGACCAAGAACAAAAGGAAGAGCUUGAAGAGAAUGAUGCGGAUGACGAUGAUGAUAGUGAUGUAUUCGUUGACGCUGUAGAUGUAAGCUCUUUUAUAUCCAAGGACAGCAUUGCUCCUGAGGGUAUAAAUAAUAAGAUCGAUGGAGAAGAAAUUGUGCCCAGCUUUAUGCAAGAAUCAUUCGUCCAUUUGCCUACGUUUAUUCCUGCUACAGCUGAAGAGUUGGAAGCCGAAGAGGCGAAUGCUAUUAAAGACCCUAAUGCAGCUGAGGGUAUAGAUUAUAAGCAUGAUACAUUAAAACUUCUAAAGACUGGACAGCCUAUGAACAUUCCUAUUACUCAAGAAGCAGGAUUUAUGACAGAGGAUAUGAUUAAUGAACAAGCUGGUGUAUUUGAGAGCAUGGGGUCAUCCGAAAAUGCUACUCAGCAAAGAGCCAAACUACAAUCAGCCCAACUCUACUCAGACAUGCAAGCAUUCAAAGCGGCUAAUCCGCAUGCUUGUCUAGAAGACUUUGUGAGGUGGCACUCACCGAGAGAUUGGAUUGAGGAAGAUGACAACACUACUGCUGGUGGUCAUUUAACUGCAAGAAUGUCCGAACCAAAAAAUAUCUGGCAGGAGUUGUGGAAAUGUUCAAAGCGGAUACCAGCCUCGCGACAAAAACCUUUGUUCAAUACAAAUGUUGAAGCAGAAAAAGCGCUUUUCUUUUUGGAAACAACUUCCAUCCAUGAGCUCUUUUCCAUAAUGUUGCCCACCUUGGGUUUAAUAGCUUAUGAUACACUCUCGAGUCAUCCAGUGGCUUACUAUAGUAGACAUGUUAGUCAAGGCCUUGUACAGCUUGGUGAUAAUCUGACCAGUUUUCCAUGGCACGAGUUUAGGUAUUUGUAUAAGCGACAUUUUCUAUUCGACUACAUGCGUUUCUUAGCUCGUUCAUACUUUAUAGGCAAGCUUCCGGGUCAAUAUGAUUUGGUCGAUGAACUACUCGUGAAAGAGGAAGUAAGAGUACGAGAUGGAAGCGAAAGAACUGCUGUAUUUGAAUUGUUCAAGAAUGACCAUGGCGUUAUAUCAGGACCUGCCUAUAGAGAAUACAUAUUAUACAGUCAAUGUAAAGACCUGAGUUCCGACAAUGGUCGAUGCCUGCCCCUAAAGCAAUACACUAUUGUAAAAGAUAAUGAAAUUAGAAUUACGGAUAUGGAGACGACUGAUGCUUUGUAUUCUUGA